UUUAAACAACAACAACAUCUGACGUCGUUCUGUAGAAGUUAUCGAGCGGUUACGUCUAUGAAGGGAGACCACUCUGUACACAGACAAAAUGUGAGGCGGUUUAUUAUUUUGGCUUUGAUGGAACUCAAUUAAGAUUACUACAACAUCGCAACUAGAUUUGGUGGUUUCUUUUCACGAAAUACAGCCACUCAUUUUGUCAGGAAGGCAGUGAAAAAUUACAACAGAAGCUUCAUCUGUUCUUUUACAUCACUUAAUUCACCUGAGUCAAGAAAUACUAUAAAUAACAGAAGACAUUUGUAAAUAUUGCUCUGUUCUUAUAUUUAAACUCAGCAGUUAUAGAGAAAGAGUGUUAUUGAUUUAUGCAAUGAUCAUUUAUUUACUAACACAUUCAAGAAAAAUCUUUAUGUGUUGAUAUUUUGCAGUUAUUUAUAAUCUUUCCUGAAAAUGACAAUUCUUCUCUGUCAAGUAUUGUGCCGACAAUAAAGGUUAAUAUCACUGACAAAAUGUCUAAACAGAAAGAAUCGCAGAAUAAAGAAGUUUCCCUCGUUUGUGGGGAAGCAUCCCCUUCAAAAGACAUGUUUAUUAAACAUGGAGAGAUGCACAAAACACAGAAAGGUAGUAACAACAAAAAUUCUUGUGAACCUGUUUCAACAUUCUCUACACUUUUACCUCAAUACAUUAAACGUGGAGAGAUAAGUAAAACAGAGAAAGGUAGUAUCAAGGAUAUUUCUGAUUCUAUUUCAACAUUGACUUCACUUUUACCUCAAUAUAUUAAACAUGGAGAGCUAAACAAAGGAGAAAAAGAUGAUAACAAAGAUACUUCUGAAUCUGUUUCAACACUGUCUUCACUUUUACCUCAGUACAUUAAACAAGGAGAGACAAAUAAGCCAGAGAAAGAUGGUGACAAGGAUAUUUCUGAAUCUGUUUCAUCAUUGUCUUCACUUUUACCUCCGUUCAUUAAACAUGGAGAGAUAAACAAAGCAGAAAAAGAUGGUAACAAGAACACUUCUUCAGGAUCUGUUUCAACAUUAUCUUCAAUUUUACCUCAAUACACCUGUGAUAUUUGUGGGAAAUCUUUUCCCACUAAUAAGAAGUUAACUCGACACAUACGGACACAUUUUAGAGCAAAGAUUUUUCAGUGUGAUGUUUGUGGAAAUUCAUUCUCCCAAAAGAGUGAUCGAGACCGACACAAGAGGGUCCAUUCUGGAGAAAGACCCUACCCUUGUGAUGUAUGUGGGAAAUUCUUUUCUCGGAACAGCCAUUUAAAAAUUCACAAAUUGACUCACUCGGGUAUAAAACCUCAUCGCUGUGAGACUUGUGGAAAAUCAUUCUCACAGAAUUGUGAUCUGGAAAGACAUAUACGUGUACACACAGGAGAGAGACCAUUUAAAUGUGAUACUUGUGAAAAAAGAUUCUCUCAAAUUAACGAACUAGGAAGACAUAAACGAAUACAUACAGGGGAAAAGCCAUAUUCGUGUGAAUUCUGUGAGAAAACCUUUUCUUUAAAUUGCAUUCUAGUAAGACACAGACGAAUUCAUACUGGAGAAAAGCCCUAUGUUUGUGAAUUUUGUAAGAAAUCAUUUUCCCAAAAUAGCAUUCUUGUAAAACAUUUGCGAAUGCACAAUGGUGGGAAACCUUAUCAAUGUAAGAUUUGUGGUGAGGCAUUCACAACAAAACGCCUUUUAUCUGACCACACAAGAACGCAUACUGCAGAUGGUCCUUAUCCCUGUCAACUUUGUGGCGAAAUCUUUUCUCAAUAUACAGAUAUAGUAAAGCAUUUAGCAAUACACACUGGCUGAGGAACGUAUUGUCAUGAGGUUUACAAGCAGAGGAUUUGAUGAAGUAAAGAACUUUUCUUGGCAUACAAAAAUACAUGCAAUCAAAAGAAUUUAAACUUUUAAUUUUGUGUGUGAGGACAUAUAUUGGAUAUAAAUUGAUUGAUUUGGACACAAAUACAUAAGGGAUAAACUUUUCUUUCUGAGUAAGAUAUUUCUUUUUUUUCUCCUGUCCAUUGCUUGAUGAGGUCACCCAAUUAAAUUGUUCUGCUAAUAGAUGGUCACUUUGAAGUUCUAAAGAAGCAAACAUAAGGCAAAACAUUCAAGAAUGACA